CGAGGAUUGACUAUAUAACUUCACUUGGGUUUUGAGGUACAAUUACGGGGAUUCAGAGACGGACUCUCAUCUGGAAAUGGCGGGCUCACUCAUUUACUCCGCUGCUCCUUAUCAUAUAAUCAGUUAUGGCAUUUUGCUGGGGACAACAACUUUUCAGAGCUUUGUGGGAGGGAUAGUCGCUUUCAGAAAUCUGCCUCGACCUCAAUUCUCACAGUUGCAGCAAGCUAUUUUUCCUAUAUACUUUUCGAUGCAGGCCGCGCUCCCUAUUCUCCUGGCUCUAACCCUACCAGCCGAGAGAACUGCGAUCAGUACGAUACCCUCGAGUAUAUCAGGUGUCAUCGACCCUGUCAAUCGCUUUCGAGUCCUUGUACCCCUCCUGACAAUGUUUGCUACUGCGGCCGCCAACCUGGCGUAUAUUGGACCCGCAACCACGAAAUGUAUGAGGGAGAGAAAGCACCAAGAGACAAGAGAUGGGAAGAAAAGCUACGACGCACCUCCGCAUAGCAAAGAGAUGCAGGCACUGAACCAACAAUUUUCGACACUGCAUGGCGCAUCUUCAUUGGUCAAUUUGGUGUCCUGGAUGGCAAGUUUGUGGUAUGGCUUUUACCUUGCAGAUAGAAUAUCCUGAUCACCACGCACAAAGUUGGGCGAUGCUGGCCACGAACAGUGCGACUAUCGAGUUUUGGAUACCGAUUCUGUUCAGUUGCAUCCCAUGGCGCGACGAGUACUCUCUGCAGGCGAGUAGGACCCACCUCUCCCGAGUGUCAAUGUAAGCGAUAGGGAGGAUACAUGCGUAUCACGAGCCACUGCAUUAGCGAACCAUUGCGAGUCAACUUUGCAUCCUGGGCUUCAUCCCCAAACAACAAAGUCAGCAUGCAGGGGUUGUCUGGAGAGUUAGUAUACCGUAAUCAGCAUGGCUCCAGCUAUUUAUUCUUAUCUAUUGCGUGUGGCGGCAAUUGACGUCGCUUUUUGAACACUUCGGACUAGCUAUAGAUCAGUAAUCAGCUAUCGACGUCGGUUCAUCCC